GAUGCGGUCUUCUGGCUCAGCUUGGUAGUCCCGGACCCAGAGAGGAGCUGGGGCUGCGGUCCGCACAGCGGGGACGGCGGCGGGCGGCGCCGCAGGAGGCGAUGGGGACGCGCGCUCUGUCCCGCUGCCCACCCGGUGUCCCCGCUCCGUAGGGAACGGCGGUGGAGAAGACAGACUCACCACAGACCACCACCCUCUCAAGGGUCGGGGGAAGCUACUGGAGGUGGUCCCCCCUCGCCGCCGUCGUGUCUCGAGGACUCCCAGGGUGUGGAAGAGGAGCGGAUCCAGAGUGGAGCUCGGAGCAUGGGGACGGCAGCUGCGGGCGGCGGCUGCGGAGCGCGCCGAUGGCUCCCGUGGCUGGGACUCUGUUUCUGGGCGGCGGGGGCUGCGGCUGCCCGAGGAGCCGACAAUGGUGAAGUUCUUCCCGACUCUAUCCCUUCUGCCCCUGGAACACUGCCUCAUUUCAUAGAGGAGCCUGAAGAUGCCUACAUCGUCAAGAGCAAUCCGAUUGCACUCAGAUGCAAGGCCAGGCCAGCCAUGCAGAUUUUCUUCAAGUGCAAUGGCGAGUGGGUCCAUCAGAAUGAGCACGUCUCGGAGGAAAGUCUGGACGAGAGCUCAGGCUUGAAGGUCCGGGAAGUGUUCAUCAAUGUCACCAGGCAGCAGGUGGAGGACUUCCAUGGGCCAGAGGACUAUUGGUGCCAGUGUGUGGCAUGGAGCCACCUGGGAACUUCCAAGAGUAGGAAAGCUUCUGUACGCAUAGCCUAUUUACGGAAAAACUUUGAGCAAGAUCCACAAGGCAGGGAGGUUCCUAUUGAAGGCAUGAUCGUGUUGCAUUGCCGCCCGCCAGAGGGAGUCCCUGCAGCAGAGGUGGAAUGGCUGAAAAAUGAGGAGCCCAUUGACUCUGCACAGGAUGAGAACAUUGACACCAGGGCUGACCAUAACCUCAUCAUCAGGCAGGCCCGGCUCUCAGACUCAGGGAAUUACACCUGUAUGGCAGCCAACAUCGUGGCCAAGAGGAGGAGCCUGUCAGCAACUGUGGUGGUCUACGUGAAUGGAGGCUGGUCUUCCUGGACAGAGUGGUCAGCCUGCAAUGUUCGCUGUGGUAGAGGAUGGCAGAAACGUUCCCGGACCUGCACCAACCCUGCUCCUCUCAAUGGUGGGGCCUUUUGUGAGGGAAUGUCAGUGCAGAAAAUAACGUGCACUGCUCUCUGUCCUGUGGACGGCAGCUGGGAAGUGUGGAGUGAAUGGUCAGUCUGCAGCCCAGAGUGUGAACAUCUUCGUAUCCGUGAGUGCACAGCUCCACCCCCAAGAAACGGGGGCAAGUUCUGUGAAGGUCUCAGCCAGGAAUCUGAAAACUGCACAGAUGGUCUCUGCAUUCUAGAUAAAAAACCUCUUCAUGAAAUAAAACCCCAAAGAUGGAGUAGGAGAGGCAUUGAGAAUGCCAGCGACAUUGCUCUGUACUCCGGCUUGGGGGCAGCCAUCGUGGCCGUUGCAGUCCUGGUCAUUGGUGUCACCCUCUACAGACGGAGUCACAGUGACUACGGCGUGGAUGUCAUUGACUCUUCUGCAUUGACAGGUGGCUUCCAGACCUUCAACUUCAAAACAGUUCGUCAAGGAAACUCUCUACUCCUGAAUCCUGCCAUGCAGCCAGACCUGACAGUGAGCCGGACAUACAGUGGGCCCAUAUGUCUGCAGGAUCCGCUGGACAAGGAGCUCAUGACGGAAUCCUCACUCUUCAAUCCUCUGUCUGACAUCAAAGUCAAGGUCCAAAGCUCCUUCAUGGUUUCCCUGGGAGUGUCCGAGCGAGCCGAGUACCAUGGCAAGAAUCACUCUGGGACUUUUCCUCAUGGAAACAACCGUGGCUUUAGUACAAUACAUCCCAGAAACAAAACACCAUACAUCCAAAAUCUGUCAUCACUGCCCACAAGGACAGAGCUGAGAACAACCGGUGUCUUUGGCCAUUUAGGGGGGCGCUUAGUAAUGCCAAAUACAGGGGUGAGUCUACUCAUACCACAUGGCGCCAUCCCAGAGGAGAAUUCUUGGGAGAUUUAUAUGUCAAUCAACCAAGGUGAACCAAGCCUGCAGUCAGAUGGAUCUGAGGUGCUCCUGAGUCCUGAAGUCACCUGUGGUCCUCCUGAUAUGCUCGUCACAACUCCCUUCGCACUGACCAUCCCUCACUGUGCAGAUGUCAGCUCAGAGCACUGGAACAUCCACCUGAAGAAGAGGACACAGCAGGGAAAGUGGGAGGAAGUGAUGUCAGUGGAGGAUGAAUCCACAUCCUGUUACUGCCUUUUGGAUCCUUUUGCCUGCCAUGUUCUACUUGAUAGCUUUGGAACGUAUGCCCUCACAGGAGAGCCAAUCACAGACUGUGCCGUCAAGCAGCUCAAGGUGGCCGUGUUUGGCUGCAUGUCCUGUAACUCCUUGGAUUACAAUUUGAGAGUUUACUGUGUGGACAAUACCCCUUGUGCAUUUCAGGAAGUGGUUUCUGAUGAACGGCACCAAGGUGGCCAGCUCCUGGAAGAACCAAAGCUGCUACAUUUCAAAGGGAAUACCUUCAGUCUUCAGAUAUCUGUCCUUGACAUCCCUCCAUUCCUCUGGAGGAUCAAACCUUUCACUGCAUGCCAGGAAGUCCCCUUUUCCCGAGUGUGGAGCAGCAACCGGCAGCCCUUGCACUGUGCCUUCUCCCUGGAGCGCUACACGCCCACCACCACCCAGCUGUCCUGCAAAAUCUGCAUCCGGCAGCUCAAAGGCCAUGAACAGAUCCUCCAAGUGCAGACAUCCAUCCUAGAGAGUGAACGAGAAACCAUCACUUUCUUCGCACAAGAGGACAGUACUUUCCCUGCACAGACUGGCCCCAAAGCCUUCAAAAUUCCCUAUUCCAUCAGACAGAGGAUCUGUGCUACAUUUGAUACCCCCAAUGCCAAAGGCAAGGACUGGCAGAUGUUAGCACAGAAAAACAGCAUCAAUAGGAAUCUGUCGUAUUUUGCUACACAAAGUAGCCCCUCGGCUGUCAUUUUGAACCUCUGGGAAGCUCGUCAUCAACAGGAUGGGGAUCUCGACUCACUGGCCUGCGCCCUUGAAGAGAUUGGGAGGACACACACGAAACUGUCAAACAUCACAGAGUCCCAGCUUGAGGAAGCUGACUUCAACUACAGCAGGCAAAAUGGACUCUAGUCUGUGUCCCUCCCCUCUUGAGGCAGCACUAGUGAUGGCCAGCUUCAGGGCAAGUGGCUUCAACUGGGGAAGAAGAGGCAGACUUCUGCCCAGUGGCAUUUGGGGGAAUUCAGCCUUUAUUGAGAGUCACUGAAAAUCCCUGGUUGAAGAAAAUGAGUUUGAUGUAGGUAAGACAAGUUCAUAGCAGGGGACAAAAAAUAAAAUAUAAAAGAAGGGGACCCUGCUAUCUCCUCUGAGGCUCCACACGGGUAAACAUUGGAUAAACUCCUCAGAUUUGGACUGCUGAGGAGAGAGGUGAAGGUACCUGUAGAUAAGAGUAGUUCUGAAAAAUAGAUACACUACAAUAAAGCUGGGAUGGCAGAGAUUAAUUGCAUGUUGGAAACAGGUUUAGAAUGACUUGCCCCACAGGGCCAGCUGAUUCUGAUACUAGAUUUUUCAGUUUCCGACCAACUGGCAUCUGGGAUUUUGGAGAUCAUGGCAAGCCUAACUUUCAGAAGUGAAACCCGGAUUGCCAGCCUAUUAGUAUGAUGUCACCAUUGGUGGGGAGGGCAUUUAGAAUUGAUAAUCUGAGGACAUCACACCAGCACUUAUUAAUAUGAGUCACUUAAUUGAGACAAGAUGGAAAAGCAAGGUAGACCUCAAACUGGUUCUUGGUACCUCACCUUCAUUUCUCACCCGCAAGAAACAAAACUCAUUUCUCUCCCCGUCCUGACAGAUUGGAGGAUGGAGAUAGUAAAAACGUGGUUAUGUGUUUCAAUAUGGAAACAUAUCUCUCCCAACUUAACAGAUCAGGACAACCUCUGUUCCUAGCCAAACUACUCAAAUCUCAGAGUGCUGUUAGAACACAGUUCACUCCGUAGAGUGGAGACAGGAGAGGCUAGCCCAGGUCCAAGAAAAUAUAGAGACUGCAGAUGUUCCAGGCUUCGAGUAAGCUCUGAUUCUAGGAGAUGGGUAUUAAGCCAACUUCUCCAAUAUUUUUUCCUAUAAGAAAUGUGUUUUACUGUGCUUUUCCAUUCAGAUUCUGGAACUCUUCUAACUUUUUAUACUAUGCUGUCACAGUAUGUCUCAAUGGAGCUUUAGGACAUGACAUCCUGCUGCCAAUUUUGGAAACCUACCUGAUAGUUUUUCUGAGUAGGACCUAAGUAACUGCAUCCAAGGAAUAGAAUACCCCACUACACCAUCCUAGAAACCACACGAAUCAUUCAGAGAGACUUUGUGCUCUGACUGCCUGGUCUCACCAUGUAUACUUUCUCCUUAGUACUGUUAACUCAUAGCUCCCAUUUUAUGAUUUUUAUUAAUAUAAGGCAGUGGCAUUGUAGAGAAUUGAAAUCUGUAGAUGAUUUGUGAGCUUCAUCUUAUGCUUUGUUACACUUUUGUAUCCAAGUAUAUCAUUUUUAUCAUUAUAUAUUUGACCAAUACCCUGGGAGACUCAAGAUGAACAGAUAUAUUCAUCUUCUGGUGGAUGCUUUCAGUAACUAUCCACAAUGAAGACAGCCCAAGACAGAUACCUACACUAAAUUCCAGGCAGCUACUUAGCUACUUUGAGGCUGACUACAUUUGAAAAACAAUGGUCAGAAAUAGGAGAAGUGAGAACCCUUGGUAAUGAGGAUAUGAUUAUGCUUUUAUUUUUAUGGGCCCUUUGUUUGAAAACAAAUGUUUGCAAUCUCUUCCCAAGUGGAAAAGACCUAAAGACAGGUUGAAGUUAUGGUCCCAUGGAUAAGGCAUUGAAGAAUUCUUGAAUGUGUUAGCCAUUUUAUCUAACUAAUAUGUGAUAUAUCUGGUCACCUAUAUUACGUGGAAGACUUCGCCAUGUGCAAAUCAAAAAAAUGCAUAUUGCUUUGCUCAGGAACCAAAGGCUUAUUCUAUUGAACAAACAGAUCACCUUAGAACUGUCAAGCAUACUCAGAAUCCCAUAUCUGGGUCAGGAGAACACCUUUUUCCUAGUAUUCUCAACUUAUUUAUUCAUCCUUAUGAAGAAGAAAGAGAAAGAGCAUAAAACUAAAACCAUAUGGCAUCACUGAUAAGUUUUUUUGAAAAAAAAAAAAGAGAUAGGAAUAGGUGAUGAGUCACAAACUGGAUAGGUGAUGAGUGGCAGGAUGAGAUGCAGAUUCCAUCUGCAUCCCUUGUUAGGUAAUAAACCAUUUACAACACAUUCUAGAGAGAUCUCAUAUUAAUGUCCAUUUGGAAGAUUUUUGUUUUAAAUUCCCCACCCUAGCCAUGUCUCUUCUUCCCCCUCCCCAAUUGGCCUUAUAAUUGUUUAUCUGUUGUGUGAGCCUGCACAUGUUCUUUGUAGAUUUUUAAAACUUUUUUAUAAUAUUAUAAGCAGAUAAAAAGCUGUAACUUUCCUUCCUGGCAUCUAUGGAGGUUAUUUUAAGGGGAGGUAACAUGAACAACAUAAACAUUGGUCAAGUGUAUGCAGCUCCCCUGCUGGCUUCAGGUUUUGUGUUUUGUUUGUUUCUCUUUUGGCCUGUGAUUAUAAGUGCACUUGAGCAAAAUAUCCCAUGCAGCGAUAAGGGGGAAGUGAACACAAGGCUCCUCACAUCCCAGCCCACGGUUCUGUGAGAUUCACCUUGACUCUUUGAGUUUCCUUCUUUACAUCUCUCUUCUUUCUGCUAGGAUGCUACACAGGAUUUUGAAAUAAAUAUGUUAAAUUCUGCAGUCUUUGCAUGUUAGGGUUGUGUAAUAUUUUACAAUGACAUUUCAAAGAGAACCCUGGUCUGUGAGAUUUACAGACCAAGGGAUCAUAUGUGUUGAGGAAGGGUCUGCAGGUCACACAGUGUUAGCUCACACUUGAAAGUGUGAUGGGUCACUGUGACCUCAAGUUUUUCCAUUAUCUUCACCUGUCACAACACGAAUGUCCCUCUUGGAAGAAGCUUACUCAUGACUCCAGGCACUGAAUUUCAAAGUGUCACUGUCCUAGUAUAAGAUGAAGCAAAAACUAAAAGUGGCCUUAAAUAUUUGGUAGGUUACAUAAAAUUUUUACAAAAAUAGCCAACUUAAUGCCAAAUUUCUCAGUGCUCGGAGACAUUAGGCUAAUAGUUAUACUUCAAACACGAAUGGAAAUUAUGCUACCAAAAUGGUGUGAUCCACAGUUUUGCCAGACUACAGCAUCGUAAAGUUAAUUUAUAGUCUUUACAACAUCACAUAUACAGUCUUAGCAUUUUACAUUAGCAUCCUUUAAACCAAAAGGAAGCCUGUUCUGUGGAUUUAAAUGCAAACUUCAUUUACCAGUGCGGGCAGACUCAUAAAACUCGGAUGUACUCCCACAAAAAUUUUAUUGGCCUUUUUGUAAGAGAUGAAAAGGAAUUGAUACAGCUCCUUUAAAGAGAGGAACUUUUCCCUUAUUUUUUAUUAUUUUUAUCUCAAACUGCUGUGGUCCUGGUAUUUUUUUUCUUUCAUUUAGCUGAGAGAAGAACUAUUAAGUCAAAUCACACAGGGUUCUCUUUGGAGUAAAAUAUCUGGAUUUAUUGCAGUGAUUUUUCCCUCCACAAAACCUCUAAAUAUCAAACAUGAGAAGCAAAGGUAGGAAAUUAAAAUGGCAUGAAUGGUUUUAUACACUUUCACCGAAUUUACCUGUGACUUUCGGAAUGUUAACAAAAUCUUUGGGAAAUGCUUUGGUUUUUUUUUGUUUGUUUGUUUUUUGUUUUUGUUUUUUUUGUUUCUUUGUUUUUUGUUUUUGUUUUCUUGGCUUUUUUUGGGGGGGGGUUGUUUGGUUUUUUUUUUUUUCUUUCAGACGUUUUCAAUUUCUUGGUCUGUCUGGCCUCUGUAAAUGUGUUGAAUGAUAGAGCUUUCAGACACGCUAAAGGCAACAUUCUCUGAGGUCUUUAUUCUAGCAGAAAUAAGGAAGGAGCUGAGAAACGUGCCUCUCCGGCCCACUGCGUGGCCCAUUUUCAUUCUGUCUCUCAUGACGCAUUGCAAAGCCUGAAUCCUUAGUAACUCCCGUUGCCUGGACAACAGGUGACAGCCACAGCUCCUGGGAGAGCAAAAAUGUGGGCUGACCGAUGGUGACAACGUUUUAUCAGCCCCUUGGUGUUCAUUGUCAUAGCACUGUAUUUGGACAUUGAUGCUUUGGGCCAACCGCUGAAUGGCCAUCAAUUCAUAGUUGCCACUGUUUUGUCCGCAUAGAAUUUUCCUGAACUACAAGCAAAAAAACGUAUUUUGUCAAAAUGUCACAAAAGUGAAACUGUUAACUAAUCUUAGCUGUGUUGCAUAUCUUGUGUUUUCCUUUUCCAAACUCUUUCAAAAGCUGAGGUGACAAAGCUGUUUGGCUGUGUUGACAGCAUGUGGUGUCUUUCGCAGAAGCAACUUCUAGGAGAGCCAGUGUCUACCGUGGACUCCUCGCAUCCCCACGACAGGGUCACCAACAAAGCUGAAAUGGCCAUUUGUAGACUGUAAUCAUUUUCUGAAGAUCAAAGGGGAUGGAUGGUACCAGGCCUGGCUAUUAGUCACUAGUGUGUAGUACUGUGAUCUCAAGUAGGAAGUUUAUCUCGCAUAGAAUAAUUGUGGUUUUUGAAGCAGCUACUCAUUGCUUUUUCCUUUUGCUGUGAAGAUCAUGGAUUUGGAGUGUCCUCACGAAGUGGGCCUAAGACAGGAACAUUUCAACUUCAUGUCUUUGAACCUACCAUCCAUCUGAAUCCAAAGAUGAAAAAAGUCAGUAAACAUUCUAGCUAGGCCUAAGCUUAAAAUUCUCCCUGCCCUGACCAGUAUUAAGUUCAACAGGAGUUGUAUCAUUUUUCUUCAAAGUUAUACCUUAGAUUCCGUUAUAUAUGAGUGAAUUUGGUAAUGUCUUUCUUUACCUGAAUGGGAAUACGUCUCAAAUACUUUCACAAAAGGCAUGGGUAUAAUGAAUAUAUGCCUUUUGUCUUAAAUUUGGCUAACUCUAAGAAAAAUUUCAUCUAAUUCAAGCAUGAUUCACACGUAAAUUCCAGAAUUGAGAAAGUUGUUCAAUAACCUUAAAAUCUGAGACAUUUCUGGUAGGUACUGAUCUAACUGGGGUUCUGAUGAAAGCGUGAUGGUAAAGGGGACUAUGUAAGCCAAAUGUCAUACAACGAGACCCCUCUCCUGAAACACGGGUAUUCUGCUCAAAUGUGGAAGCAGCAAUGCUAAUAUUCCUUCGUUAGCAAACGUGGGAAGGGGUAAGAGGGAGAGUCCUCAGGCUAGAGCCCUCAGGGCCUCCUGGGAGAAAAGCUAAGCAUAGAAACCCCCAUCAGAUCUCUCAUAGAUGCUUCCUGCUCCCAUGGAAAACUUCCCAAUUAAGGGGGAAAUACCCAAGUGUCAGAAUUCCCCAGUCAGGAAAAGAGCCGUCUCCUUGUCUUCACUAGAUGAAGAACAGAAUUUCCAUUCUUCAUAAUUAGGUCUGCUUGAUACACAUACUCCAGCAAAUCUUGACCUAGAAGUAUUGUAAACACAGGCAGGUAGAGGGAUGCUGGCUCAUUUUCCUAGCCCAAACUUGGAAACGUGAGUGAUAUUUUUUCUCCCCUUCUACAUAGAAGAAUUUAAAACUUAUUUCAUUUUGUUCUUUUUUAUUUUGGGAAGGUACAUGGGGGUGUUCUAUCAAAUGAUUCAUUUUUUUCAAACCCAUACCACUCUCUGCAUUUAUUUGGUGUGUUCAAAGCCAAAAAAGUAUGAAAUAAUAUUUAAAGCAGAGCUGAAUACUAACUUGGACAUGAAGCUGAAGGAGUGAGCAAGCCAGAGGAGAGGGUCUAAGCAAAGCAUGGCCUUGGCUUCAUACCACACUUUUUGUGCCUUGUAUUAUCAGUGUAAAUUCUGAAUGUUGUACAGUAAAUACUUGGAUGGACUCCUUAGAGAAGGAUGCACCGGCUUCUUUUUCAGCACAUGUACAUAUCUAUAAAUAUAUAUACAUAUAUAUUUGGUAAUGCCAAACAGCUAUGUUAUAUUGUACUGAACAAAAUGGCCCGUUUGGAUGUUUUAUGUAGUUUGCAAAAAAAAAAAAAAAAAUGGAUGGUUAUCGACUUUUCGAGAUAAAUGUACAGGCAUAAAUUACUGCUUAUCAGUUAUUUAUGAAUAAAGAGUCUUUUAUUGACA